AUGAAAGCUCUUCUUUUUGGUGUUCGAUUAGGUGUGUCCUAUGGAUUCGUGAAGUUGCAUCUGGAAUCUGACUCCUUGGUGUUGGUCCGCAUUAUUCAGGGGAAGGUUAGGUGCCCAUGGCGAUUGCAGAGGGAGCUACUAGAUCUGCAGCAAUAUAGACGGUAUUUCGACGCCGUGUCUCAUUGCUUUCGGGAGGCAAACAGACCGGUGGACAAAUUGGCUAAUGUUGGCAUGGAGGCUAGGGGCACUGCAAUUUAUGAUGCCUAUACUGCAUUACCUAGGUUGGUGAGGGGAGAUAUUUCUUUAGAUGCAUCUGGGUUUCCGAAUUUUCAUAGAUACCGGCAGUAG